AUGGGCAAGAACGUGAGCAUCGGAAAGGUCGAUGUUGUUUCCGAAGCAGGAGAGGCGGUGGUUGCAUCAUUCACCAACUCUACUACGAUUCCAGGAUCGGUGUCACUAGAUCUUUACACAUCCACCAAGGCACCAAACAAGGCCAUUCUACACGGAGAAUCCAAAGACUCAGCUUUGCAAUACGAUGCAGACGAACUUGCAGACUCGCAAUAUGUUCUUGGGGUUUACGACUCGAAGAGUAAAAGCAUUAAGCUGAUUCCACGCACCAAGAUGUUCUCAGGACGUGUGAAUGCCUCCAGAAGCUUGAUCAGCGACGCAAAGUUAGUGAAGAAACUGAAGCGCAAGGACAUAUCUGCCGAAGGUACCUUUGCUGAGCGUAGAAAUGCGUUGGGUGAAGAGUUUGGUACGAAAAAGGCUAAAAAGGCUAUUACCGAGGCUGCAAGAAACAAGAUUGAUGCCGGUAUGUUGGAAGAAUCUCAAAUUGAUAUUGUUGAUGGUAUCAGGCAAACCACUAAAAGUAUGCCAGACAGAGACCAAAUGGCGAAGAUGGUGGAAAAAGAAAACAGAGUUAUUCCACCCUGUCAUACCGAAGCCACGAAUGUUGAAGAAAUAUAUCCUAUUGAAGAGAUUGUUCCUGAAGAGAUUCUUCAAUGUUUCCCAAUAGAUAUAUUUUUCCGUGCUAAAGUGGAAGGUCAAGAAGAAGAAGAGGCAUUGGAAGAGCAGAAGGAAACCGAGAAGGAUGAGGUACUACAGAAAUUGAACUUCUUACCCUAUGUCCCAGCUAAGGAACGUGGACCCGUACAUCAAAAGAAGUCUACAUUUGGCCGCCUCAUUGCCAGUGCUCUGUCCGAGCGUUCUUCAUUGUCUGGAUCCUCGAACAUAUCUGAUGAUGCCAGAUGGAAAUUACAGAUGAUAUCCUUCACCUCCAUGCUUGUUGGGUUAUAUUUCAAUCGCCGUUUGAGUCGUAGGGAUAAGCUAAUGACUGCUUACCACAAUGUUCCACCUUCACGUGCUAUAAACUACAUGCUUCAAGUUUUUGGAAACACCAAAGUCAGCAGUAACAGUUUUGACAGAGAGAUUCGUUUCUUCAACGUGGGACCAAAGGAGGAGGACAAACUAUUAUGCUACAUCAUUGUGUUGCUCUUGUCGUUGUUUGAAUACAGAUUGGAGUUGUCGUCGUUAGCAGCCGAUUUGAGUUUGAAGCCAUCCAAAUUGCUUGCUCUCGUCCGUACGUUGGGAUGUACUAUUGUUGUGCCAAACAAGAGCGAAAGCAAGGACAUGGCUGGCUCUAAGAUUGCUGUUUUACGUGUGCCUUUCAAAGUACCCGAUAUGGUAAGAAGGUUCAGAAGAUGA